GAUAGCAAUUAUUUCAAUUUUUGCAUUCUACUUGCGUUAUUUUGCAUUUGUUGACUUUAGUGUGUAAUAAAAAAUAAGCUCAAAAAAAAAAUGAUAUCACUUUGUAGAUUAUGCCCAACAUUACGCUUUUCAUCUUCUACAUUUUCCAAAAAUUACAUAAAUAAUUCUCAUUUCACUAAAAGAAGUUUGUUUUCGGAGAGGAUUGUAAAUUCCAAAAAGAUUUCCAAAUCGCUAUUAGCUCCAAAUUUGAAGGCAACGUCAAUUGGAUUUGCAGUCAAGAGAUGUAUGAGCGGCGAAAUAUCAAGUAAAGGGAGAAAAUUGGUUGGAGGGUGGCUGGUGGGAUGUAGUGGAAUGGUGUUUGUUGCAGUUAUUUUAGGUGGAGUUACCCGACUAACCGAAUCAGGAUUAUCUAUGGUUAACUGGAAAUUAUUAGGUGAGCAACGUCCACGAAAUCACGAAGAGUGGGUUGCAGAAUUUGAAAAUUAUAAGCAGUACCCAGAAUAUAAGCUGAAGAAUGCUAAUAUGACACUGGAGGAAUUUAAAAUGAUAUAUUACAUGGAAUAUGGACAUAGAAUGUGGGGCCGUCUUAUAGGAGCAUUUUAUGCUUUGCCAGCAGCUUAUUUUUGGUACAAGGGAUAUUUUGACAAGGCAAUGAAAUUUAGAGUAUUAGGCUUUGGCUUACUUAUUGGAUUACAAGGUCUUAUGGGAUGGUAUAUGGUUAAAUCUGGUUUGGAAGAUAGAUUUCAUGGUGAAAAUGAUGUUCCAAGAGUUUCACAAUACCGAUUGGCAUCUCAUUUAACAUUUGCUUUUGUUUUAUAUUCACUAUUUUUAUGGUCUUCUUUGAGUCAUUUAUUACCAGCUGAAAAAAUACAAAAUAUCACCAAAAGCGGAAUAAAUUUUCGUCGAUUAGCACAUUUAACAAAAGGAAUGAUAUUUUUAACGGCAUUCUCAGGGGCAUUUGUAGCAGGCUUAGAUGCUGGUUUAGUUUAUAAUUCAUUUCCAAAAAUGGCCGAUCGUUGGAUACCAUCAGAUCUUUUAGCUUAUUCUCCUACAUUAUGUAAUUUUACCGAAAAUCCAACAACGGUACAAUUCGAUCAUCGAAUAUUAGGAACAACUACUUUGGCAUUGAUUUCAGGAUUAUGGCUAUUAUCUAGAAGAAGAAUUUUGCCCAAAAGAGCUUAUUGGGCCGCAAAUGCUGUCGCUUUAAUGGGUUGGACCCAGGUAGCAUUAGGUAUUACAACAUUAUUAACUUAUGUUCCAGUUUCAAUUGCUGCAUGUCAUCAAUCUGGUUCUUUGGUUCUACUGUCCCUUGCUAUAUGGUUAACGCACGAAUUGAAAUUUUUAAAGUAUAUCCCUAAAUGAAGGAGCUUGUUAAAGUUUAUGUAACGUUAUUGUUUCAAUUAAUUUUAAAAUUAUUUUAAGAAUAAAAAAUGAUUUUUAUAUUUUACACAUUUUACAUACGUACAUAUGUAUAUGGAUGAGCUUAUACUUAAAUAAAACAUGAUAUAUGU